AUGGGUGUCGAUGUUGAUCAGUCUAUAAUUGAUGCGGUUGAUCGAGAAUUGCUACAAGAACAAAGCAUAGAUAGAUCACAAUCAAAUCAACCACGUUACAUAAUGCUAAAUAAAGGAAAUAAAACAGUAGAAGCCAAUCAACCUUCGAAAGACAAUUUAAGAUGGUCUGAUGAUAUGGAUGAAGUUUUGCUAAAUGCAUUAGCAGAGGAAGCAUCGAAAGGUAAUAGGCACGAUGGGUCGUGGACAACUGAAGCAUAUGCUAAUGUUGUGAAGACUUUGAGUAUAGCAAUAGGCCCUCACAUAACAAAGAAUCACAAAAAGAAUAGAAUGAAGACAUUGAAAGAUCAUUUUGCUGAGGCAUAUGACUUAUUUCAUCACUUAAGUGGAUUUGCAUGGAAUCCUGUAACUAGAAAGUUUGAAGCUGAAGAGGAAGUGUGGCAAGACUUCAUUAAGGAGAAACCACAAGCUGAAAAAUGGAAAAAAAUGCAAAUUAAGCAUUAUGAUACUUUGAAGGAGUUGUUCGGAGCUGAUAGAGCUACUGGUAAAGGGGCUGCUACGUCACGAGAAAGGAUUCAAGAAAUUGCUAGAGAUCACAUUGAUUUGAAUGACUCAUUUGAAAACGUUGGAUUUUCUGACAUAGAUGUUAAUAUGGGACAUGAUACCCCAACGUUUUCUGCUAAUUUAGAUUCACCAAGUGGUCCUCAUAGUUAA